AUGUACCUUGUUGAUUUACGUUGCUACCAUCCCAAAGUAAUCGAUCAUUACGAGAACCCGCGGAACGUAGGAACGCUCAAUAAAUCCAAUCCUGCAGUUGGAACAGGCCUAGUUGGUGCACCGGCUUGUGGCGAUGUUAUGAAGCUCCAGAUCCAGGUCGAUGACAAGACCGGUAAGAUCACAGACGUCAAGUUCAAGACUUUUGGCUGUGGAUCAGCAAUUGCAAGCAGCAGCUACAUGUCUGAGCGAGUCCUGGGCCUUUCGCUCGAUGAAGCCGAGAAGAUCCAAAACACUGAAAUUGCCCGUGAGCUGUCCUUACCACCUGUCAAACUCCACUGCUCAAUGUUGGCUGAGGAUGCAAUUCAAUCAGCCAUCCGUGACUAUCAGAAGAAACGAGGAACUUUACAGUAGUUUAUUUAUAUAUUUAUAUAUAUAUAUACCUCAUUUUCAACCAUUUUUUUUUCAAUUUCUUUCUCUGUAUAUUUUCUUGUAUAAAUAUUGAAUAAGAAUAAAAUCAAAUCGAAUUAUUCAAU